CAGCGCGACAGAGAGAGAGAGAGAGAGAGGGAGAGAGAGAGAGGGAAAACGAGAGAGAGACAGAGAGAGAGGCUGUGAAGCGACUUGGUUGGCAGUGUUCGCCUCUGUCUCUCAGGCAGUGGGAGAGAUGUGCGUAACAUGCAGCGGAGAGCGGUGAUCAUCAUCUGCGCGCCGCAUCGCCGUGGACCGCCGUGCGCACUCAUAGACGGAGACACACCGAGGGGUGCAGCCCGCUCUCCCGUACCCGUCGUGACCGACACUCCCGUGAAGCCGGCGAGAGACCCCUGAAGGAGCAAAAGAAGCAGAAGAAGUGGUGUGAGGAAAGAUGCCAGCCGCUCAGGCUGUGAUUUGGGGUUAAUCACCCCUCUGUUUGGAAAUCACUCUGACGCACCGGCGACGAAGCGAGCGCGCUUAUUUUUGCGGAAUCCCAUCCUCCUUCCUUCUGUGUCACAUCUAAAGCGGACUAUCAAGUGGGGAUUUUUUUUCAUUAUUUAUUUAUUUUUAUUUUUUUAUUUGCACGAAAGCUGCAUUCCAUGGCCAACAGAAUAUGAGUCAGUGCGUGUCUGUGAGCUGAGGUGGAGUGUGCGUCUAUCUCUCUCUCCCGCUUGCACGGCUGUCUCGGUCCGCCACAAAACCUUCCCACGCCAGGAUGCAGCUGCUCAGAGUUGCGUGGGCACUGACCGGAGCGGCGAUCUGCUGCUUUCUCAUUCUCCUUAUCCACUCCCGCCUGCUCAAAGAAGGCCAGCUGGCAGCGGGGACAUGUGAGAUUGUGACGCUGGACAGGGACAGCAGCCAACCACGGCGGACCAUCGCCAGGCAGACGGCCCGCUGUGCCUGUAAGAAGGGCCAGAUCGCUGGAACUACAAGAGCUAGACCCGCCUGUGUGGACGCUGGUAUUGUUCGGAAAAAGCAAUGGUGUGAGAUGGUGCCAUGUUUGGAGGACGAGGGUUGCGACCUGUUAGUCAAUAGAUCUGGCUGGACUUGUACGCAGCCCGGAGGCCGAGUUAAAACCACUACGGCUCUAUGACGUGACAAGAGUCCCCCUCGACACUCUUGCACUAUGGAAAGCAUUGAUGACCCCUUGACAGACAGCCAAUUUCCAGCUACCACCACCACCACCAUUACAACAGCUCCGCCCUUACCUUGGCCUCAAAGGCAGGAAGCAACACAAGCAGCUACAGAGCACCAAGAGCCUUGUGAAGGCAGUAAGGUCUCGUAACACAGCCAGAGACGGGAAAACCAGGGAGUGAUUGUUUGAGGGAGUCAUCUCUCCCUGUGACACUGGGCAAACUUACUAUAAAACACUUCCUGUUUCCUGUGACUGGCCACCGCGGGUUUCUGACUGCUCCCUCCUGCUAUCUGUCGUUGGGUCAACACGUUGUAUCCACCUCCUCUCCACUGUUAUCUGCCUGCUCUGUGAAUUUAGCAGCACAUGCUCAUGCCACGGAGGUUCGGACACCUUAAAAUCCCAUGAAUGUUUUGUUUUUUUUUGCCUCACUGGAAGUCCACUGUUUGGAGCUGCUAACUGCUUUUAAUACGGGAUUUCCCACAUCUCUCUCCUAGACUCUAGUGCAGGAGUUCCAGGGUGAAGACGGGGUCAUUACAGAACACAAUGUGACGCUUCUCAGACCAGCUCGCGAGGCCGUAAAAACCGAACCGAGCGCACUCAGCUGUGAAUAGGCCUUCUGCUGGAGUAAACCUCCCAUAUUUUUAUAGACCAAAGAGCAAAACAACAAAUAUGAUCAUUAUGACAGAGAGGACCAUCUGGCAAAGACACACGGAAACGUUGUUAACAUGCUUUGAGUGUCGCCACCGACCAACGACUGCCCCCACAGAGACUCAGUGCACAAACGAACCUUUGCAGCUGGCGGCGUAUGUGCCGAACACAAUCAAAGGAGUACUUUUCAAACUUUACGGACAUUUUUUCGCAGACUAAGCUCACCACUGUAUUUUGGAACUGGAGAUAUAGGUACUACAUACGUAUAACUGUGUAUCAAAAAAAAAAAAAACAACAACAAAAAAAACAGAAAAAAAAAAUCUGAUUUGCAUUUUUCAGUAGCUACAGUUGGGACAGCUUACAGGAAGAAUUGUCGUGUUGAUCAUGGAUACGGAGUGCAAAUCAUUACCAGAGAAAUGAUAAUUAUCUACAGAGAGUAUUAAAUGCUGUUAAGUCUGAAAAGAAGGCGUAAAGAAAAGUCAUUAAAUGUAUUUUGAAAGGCCCUAAAAAGUUAUAUAUUUAACAGUUUUAUAUGUUGUACCUUUGUAGAGAAGCUUAUUGGACUUAAAAUGUGAUCACAAUGGCAGUUUAGUAGGAUGUGAACAAAUGCUGUUGUUCUCAUUACUGCUGGCUCGUAGUCCCAGGUUUUCUGUUCACACCUCAGUAGCCGCUUUCUUUUCAUGGUCAUCUACAAGUCACUAUCUAUCCGAACCAUUAAUGAAAAAAAAGGAAAGUGACACAAUUUAUUAAGGACUGAUGUGCAGCCAACUGAACAUUGUAAAUCUAUGGUAGUCAGUGGAAGCCAUUGAAAUCUGCUAAUUUGCUAUGAUAUUGUAUUGUACACGGUGUGGAAUACUGACUCAUUUCCUCUCUAUGGGUUCUGAUCUCUUAAUUUAUUUUGUGCCUGUGUUUCUUUUUGUUUUUAUUUUUUCUUUCUUUUUCUUUUUUUGCACAAAUCCAGCUUCUCUCCGAUGGCGAUGAAUACGGUGAGGAGAGAAGGAAAGAGGAAGCACUGCAGGAGUAUCGGUCAUUUACAUACAUUUUAUAUCAUGAAAUAUUUUAAGAAUAAAUAUAUGACAAGAAAUGUCCCCUGCAAACUUAGAUGCUCUUGAUGUUCAAGGUCAUCAACAAGAACUUUAAUUGAUCUUAUUCUGGUCUUUUCUAAUGAAUGUAUUUGUUUCUGGCACCAGAGAAGGUAUGAAAAAAAUUAAAGUUUCCUUUUCCUUCC